AUGCACUCUACUCAUGAGCUGAGAGUUAUUAGUGGAGGAACAAACCUCUAUAAAAAGCAUUACCCGGCAAUGAUUGAUGCAUUUGGCCCUCCCAGAGCGUACAGCACCAGAUUGCUAGAGAAAGCUAUUGGAGAAUGUUCUCAGUUGAUAAAGGGCAAUUCUGCUAUUGGUGCAAACGCCAGGAACAUCAUGCUGAGACUUGCCCAUACAAGACGUGUGGAUUCUGCUGGUUGGCUAAUAACUGAGAAAGAUGAGCAUGUUGAGGUUGACUCAGACAUUGAGUUCUGGGGGCCUUUGGGAUGUAAAACGAUUCAUGACAGCAUUGAAGAAAUUUCUUGUCUCCCAGUUCUUCUUGCAAAGUUCUAUGAAUCAAAGGGGGUGGAAUGCAGCACAAUUAAUCCAGCCUUGACAACAAGCUGCAAGGCUUUUGUCAAUGGCUGUGUGAUAAACUCUGCGUUAGCUCACAAAGUACAAAGAGAGGCCCACCAUGUUUGCCUCCAGUUGCAAGUAAACAAAGCAAUAAAUGCAAGACCAGGAUUGUCUCCCGCUCUAAAAGACUUCUUUGGCAAAGUUGUUCUUUUCUUUGAGCAUAUUAAUGAGAGAAAAAGAUGGUCACUUGCUUUGGUCUUGGUGUAUAGCACGAUGCUGUAUAAUGGUGUGCUGGUGGUGCGAAAUGGACAAAUGAAGCCAAAGGUAGUCCAUCUGGCACAUGUCAAGAAAUUGGUUGGGCUGGUGGUAUCAGACGUGACAGUAAAUACAACAGCAGCAAUGACAAUGGCAUACAUAGUGUGGCCAGAACUCAACCGUGGCCCUAAGUUGUCACUUUGUUCUUUUGCUGAUAUUUAA